UCAUCGUUUAGCUUUAGCAUGACAUUUCAAGGCACUUCUGUGUACUUCAAAUGCGGUUAUUAUUAGAUAUUAUCUGAUAUCGAUAUUGUUCUCGUGAUAUGAUACGCGAAUCACGUUCUUCGUCUUUUAAUUGAAAAGAAAUAUAUCGCAUUUAAUAAAAUCGCAAGAUGACGGAGAAAAAAAGAGUACUCAUGAUUUGUUUAGGUAACAUUUGCCGUUCGCCGAUCGCAGAGGCUGUAUUUGAGAAUGAAAUGAGUAAAAGGGGGUUGAAAAACCAGUGGGAAGUAGAUAGUGCUGCUAUUAUGGGAUACCAUACAGGUAAAAUGCCAGAUCACAGGGCUUUGAGUACGCUAAGGGAAAACGGAAUCACUAAUUAUGCCCACAGAGCACGACAAAUCACGCAAGAUGAUUUUCAUAAGUUUGAUUGGAUAUUUGGAAUGGACAAUGAAAACAUUCAGGAGUUAUGUGCCAUGAAACCAAACAUGGAAUGUCGGGCAAAAGUGGAGCUGCUGGGAAGUUACGAUCCAAACAAAGAAAUUAUAAUAAGAGAUCCAUACUAUGAUAGUGGAAGUGCAGGAUUCCAGAAAGCUUACGAGCAAUGUCUAAGAAGUGUGACAGCAUUUCUGUACAAACAUGCGAGAUAAAGGCGAGCAAAAGGAGUAAUCCAAGCAUUAACCCAAUUUUCCGGAAGUAAUAAAAUCACAAUAAUGUCAAAUCUUUUGUGAAACAGAAACAGAAUGUUUUUACAAAGACAUAAAAAAAAUGUUUCCUUGGUAUUUCAUCUAGAGAAAUACUUGUUCCUAUUGUGUAUGAUUUAUCCUACGACAAUUUUUUCCUUGUACUAUGUCUUCUCAGAGUUGUACUUAUAAUAUUCUAAGAUAUAAAACAAGAGAAAUGUAUAACAGAAAUUGUGAAUAGGUGAAUAGACUCAGAAGUGAUAGAAUUA